ACAUUCACCAAAUGUGCUCUUUGAUGAACCGCCAACCUGACCACUAUGUAUUCCAACUAAUGAAGCAUUUCUAAGGUCAUGGAAGCAGCUCUCUAUUGAGUAGUUAUCAGUAGAUUAAAACGUUCUAUUGUUCGACGAGGUCAAUUUGAUUGGCAGACAUUUUAAAAAACACGAGGAAUACAAAUUAUAGAAAGCCCAGUCAUAAACUACAUCUGGCAUCUUAAAAUGAACUCAAUACACUUCUAGAACAAAGAGCAGUUGAUCAGACCAAGUGAGAUACUGUCCCGUAUAUGCAGCCCUGAUCAAGGUUUUGGGGGAGCUGUAACAUCACGCCCUCAAGCUGCUCCAGACCUUGAUUUGCUCUGACACUAUAGUUCAAAGUCAAAUAACAAAAACUUUUCAGAUGUUUAAAAGACACUUUGCAUUAAUUAAUGGACACAGGACUUUCGGAGUUUCACAAAUAUCGUGGAGUAAAAAGUUCCAUGACAAACAUCAGAGACGGUGUUCAAUUUGUGUUCUUCCGAUGUAUUGAUUUAAAUUCACUGAUACCACCGAGAGUCCUUUAGUCACUGGACAACAGGUCAGCUGAACAUGUAAAAAUGUGAUACUUGUCCUUAUGCAUUCAAUUCCUUAUAUAUGAAACAUUUACUUGGGUAUAAAAGGAGCUGUUUUUAAAGCCAUGUUUUACCUAUAAUUCGUACAUCCCAGGAAAUGAUCAGGGAAUUGAUAAGCUAUAAAAUUACCGAACCAUUUUUCUUUUUCUUUCGAGCCAUCACAAUAACAAAUAUCAGCCUAUUUAAUGUCUAAAUCAUCCUGCAACUGAGAAAACCCGAACAAGAUGCCGGCUCCUCUGGUAAACAUUUCCUGGAAAGCCGUCUCUGAGUCCUGUGACUCAGGUCAAAACUGUGGUCGGUAUGAAUGAAAGCGAAGAAGUGAAAUUGAGAUGAAUAUCAGCACAGUGACUGUGCAAGAAGCAGUGAUUGACUCAACCUGGUGUGGGCAUAGUAUACCACUUCAGAACAGGACAGAAAUAGCCAGCAAGCAACAAGUCCUGAAUAAGUGUAGGUGGGUGAAAGGGUCAGCUGUCAGUGGGGCAGGAAUGAGGCAGAGAGAGGGAGAGACUGAGAGCGGCAGAGGCUCCGUUACCAGACUCAAACCAACAGGAAAUCAGACCUAACACAAAGGUUGGAAGGAAAUAAGAAGGCAGGCAGGUCAGAAGGAGCUGGGAGCUCUUCAUUUUCUAUGAAAAGAGGAGGUCAAAUGCAGAUUUCAGAGACAGCUCCUUCAACCAAACCAAGGAGAAACUGUGUGUCUCAGUCAAAGUUAUGUCCGCUCUCUACCUGUCAAAGGUGGUACCUCAGGAUUCAACACGCAGCCUUUCAAAACCGGCACAAGGUCAGUCAUCUGAACCUGGGAGAAGAGUCAAACUAACCAAGAUGUCCGAAGAAUCCCAGCAAAGGGAAGAUGACCUCCUUACACCUCCUUCAGCCAGUCAUAAUCCAAAACCAAAGGACAUCGCUGAGGCACACUUGCCACAGUCCAUGCCAUCCCAACUUUCCAAAGAAAAGCUACACCAACAGCGGCAGAAAUGUGAGCUGAGAAGGCUCCUGAAGCACACUCACCCAGAGCUGAAGAUGUUAGAUGAAAUUGUGGAUGAGGAACUUGCUGAGGUUUUGAGCUCGGAGACUGGGGGGAUAGCUGGUGAAAGUGGAUACGAGGGAGAGGUCCUUUCAAGACGCUUGAUAUUUGAGAACUGUGCCCUGAGUAACAAAGUAUCUCCUUACACCCCCAAGAUGCACAAGGCGAUGGGAAAAGCGGAAAGAGACGAUGUCAGAAAAACAUCAGCUGUGUUUGAGGAGCAUGAAGAGAGGCCACGUAAUGAAAGUGAUGAGGGGAUCUUGGAGGAUGACAAAAGGCUUGGUUCUAGUCCAGAUCCUAAAAGAGAGUGUGAUGAGGAGAUGAUAAGAAUAGAUGUUCAGGCUACCAAAAAGAUAUUUGAGAGUCAAUCUGUGGACACAUACACACUAAGUCCAGAGAAUAAGUUCCAGGGGAAAGUUUCUAUUUCUGGGGAUGAGACAGGGGCAGUCCAAAAACGAAAACAAGAUUUUGAAAUGUGUAGCAAAUAUAAUUUACACAGCGAAAACAAAAGCAAUGCAUGUACCAAAAGUCUUGAUUUGACAUAUCAGCCCAAUAAACAGGGCCCAUGUAUUCAUAUGGUUGGUCAAGGCACUGACCACAAGUUUUCACGUAGGGAAGAGGUUUCUACUGGUGAAGCAGUCUUCGAGGGUAAGCCUACAAGCCCUCUUGAUACAGAAGAACUCGGGGUGAAAAUCAAAACGAGUGCGGCUCUUUUCCAAAACAACCCGUUUAUCCCAACAAACAUAGAAAAAGAGCAUUCCUUUAUGCAUACAUCAAAAUCACAAAGCCCAGCAGGAGAGAGUGGGGAAGCUCAGGACUAUCUGAUAACUAACGUCAAGAACAGAACCCACUUGUUUGAAUCAAUGCCAUUUGACAAAAUUGGGCAUCAGAGCAAGGACGAAAUUGAGACGAUGGUGGAGAACAUCAAGGAAAUACUGGAUUCCCUUUAUCAUGGCAAUGCCAUACAUUCAGAUGGCUCAAUAAUUGAGGUAAAUGAGACAAUGAUAGCCAAAAAGGCCAAAUUCACACUUUCCAAGAGUGGGCCAGAGAUAAAAUAUGACGAGGUGGCUGAAGGUGGUGCACAAAACUUCAUAGUCCAGUUGCUACCACGGGCAAACUUAAAGCCUCAAAUCAUGUAUCUAAAGGAGAGUAGUAAAGGAAGUAUGGAGGUCACAGUGGUGAAUGUACCCGUACACCAGCAUCACUUCACUACAAACCAAGACACAGAGUUUAAAACUGUCAAUGUGGUUCAGCUUGUUGAGGAUAUUCUCAAUCAAGAUAACUCUCUGCGGAAAGGAGUAGUUAUCCAAGAGGAUAUGGACAGAUGUCCUGAAGUCAUUGUUUACUCCCUCUACAAUUAUUUUGAUGAGGAAGAUGUGAAAAGUUAUUGUCCUCCACAAGGUGCAGAGUAUGAUGAACCAGAGCCAGUAAGAGGUAAUGUGAGUAACACAGACAAUAAGGAACUAAGAAAGGGGGUCAUUAAAUCAACCAUAAGCUGCCUCCUAGAAAUUCCCAAAGAUCAAACUUACCAUGAAUCCAUACAGCCUGAAAUCACAGAAAAAGGGAAUGUAAAACUGUUCAAGAGUUGUAUUGAAAAGGGAGAUUUGGAGUAUUUAAAAACUCUUCAGGCUGAGCCAACAGUACAAGAACAAGAACUCCCUCAAAACCAAAAUGUGACUGGACAAGGAAUAGAGCUUCAUCGUGAACAGAGAGGUGAUCAAGCAGAGGAGAAUUCCGAAUGGGUCCCAGUGGAUGUUAAGAGACUGAGAAACAUAUUCUCUGGAGAUCAAAGACCAACCCAACCAAAGCAAAAUGCAUAUGAAAACCGUGCCCAAUCUACCACCAUUUGUUCCACAUUUACAGGUCAAAAUGUGCCACUUGGAAAGGGCCGGUCCUCUACAGAAUGCAUUCAUGGGCAAGUAAAGAAUAGCUUUAGACAGUGUGGUGGCAAAACACAAGAGGAAGCACCACAGGGAUCAUAUCUGCAUCUUGAGACACAGGACGAUGGCAGGGUGCACCAGGCUGAAUUAGUUGAGGUGGUAGAUGGCAAGGACAAGAUAUCAAACCUCCAAACUGCAAUACAUAGCCUCCAACAGGCCACGAUUGAGGCCAAAUCUUUGAAACACUCAUCACAAGAACCUGAGGACCAAAGAGAGGACUCAUGCACUGAGCCAGCAUGGGAUGAGCUCCCAUCCACCUCCAACAUCCCCUCAGAACAUAAAUCAGAUCACAAACAUGAGAAUAAAGAGACAAGCUGUAGAGACACUAAUUCUGAAGAUGUACAAACUACUGAGACAUGCAGCAAAAUGGGUCAAAAAGGCACAGAAGUGGUCCUGAAACAACCCUUUCAAGCUGCUAUGGUGUCUGUACAUAGUCCAGAAACAACCGCUGUAGAGCAAGAGGAUGAGGAAGUAGUUUUUGAGGGUAAACUUCAAGCAGCUUUGGAUUCCCUAGAGAAAUCCAACAUCAAUGUCAGUAGAGGAGAUUUCAGAGCAGCUAUGAUAUACAGAAACGUGUCCAAACCUCACAAAGAAAGAUCGGAAAAUGUGGAUGCAGUGUUUGCUCAAAAACCCACUAAAAAGGAGUUUUGCCCUGUGACGGAACCUAAAUCAACUCAAGCACCACUGAGACAAGAGGACUCCAAAGAACAAUUGAUUGCGGCAAAUGCAGAGCCCCAAAGUCAAAGUGAAACCCUAAAUAAACCGGCUACAAGUGCUGUCUCAGAGAAAAUCAAAGGGCCUGUUGGUCCUGCCAUCCAACCUAAGCCGGAGCAUUUGAAAGUGAAACAACGAGACAUUCAACCAAACAACACAAAGAAUCCAGAGGCCACACAAACUAAUGCUGUGAGACCUGAAGACACAGUUCUUCAACCAUUGCCAUUGAUAUUAAAGUCACGCAAAGAUGAACAUAAGCAAGGCCUGUUCAAAAUAAACACUGAUGAUAAUAAUGAUAAUAAUAACAUUCAGCUACAACAGGAGAUAAAUGCCAAAGCAGAAGAGAAAAGCCCCCAGGACUUCCCAAACAAAGAAAAUAUACAGGAAACAGAUGAAAGCCAUGUAGAUUUUCAUGAAGCAUGUAAGAAAUUUGGAGGUAAAAAGGCAUUUUCAGCAAAGAAUGCUCCCGUAAAGCCAAAAACAGUUAAAAUUGCUCAGCUUGACAAUAAAAACCCCAAACUGUCUGGAGAUAAUUCCUCAUUUCUCACAGAUGCGGUUGAGGAACCUCAACAAACUCUAACUGGUCCAUCAGGCAAUAACCCAAACACCUGUGGACAAACUACUGACAGCAAAGACACACACAAGAAAGAAAUGAAACAAGAAAGUAAAGUUGAAAUGAGGGAAAAGAAAGGACGAACGGAGACAGAGGACGAACGCCGACAGCGGCUGUCAGUUCACAUGGAUGAAAUCAUGAGAGGGAACAUAACAGCAGCCAUGGAAAUUGUUGACAACUUGCGAAAGCAGGAGGAACUGCACAGCAUUCUCAGUCGAGUUGAAGAAAUUGAACAGGACACAAGCAAGGUUGAUGUAGGGUCUCUGAGGGGGGUCUUUGAGAACGUUCCCGACUGGGUUGUCAGCUCUGACAAAAACAAACAAAAAACAGCCAAAGUAGAACACAAAGAAGGGAGGUUGCCAUUAGAGAAAGACAGCACUGAAAGCAAGUCUUCAAUGGCACAUGUUUUUGGAGAUCUUGAGCGAGCCAGUGAGGAAAUCGUGAAUCUAAAAGAGCAGACUUUAGCCAGACUUGUGGACAUAGAGGAAGCAAUAAAGAAGGCUCUUUAUUCUGUCUCUACCUUGAAAUCUGACUCAGAUAUUGUUGGUUUAUCAUGCCUGUUCAAAGAGUCACUAGGGUCCGAGCAAGGAUCCCCACCCUCUGGUAGCAUUAGCAAAAUUAGCAUCGGGUCAAGCAGGACAAAAUCAUUGCAGACAAAGGAAAGCCCCACAGCACAGGGAAGCAAGAGUGCAAGAAUUGAAGUAGCCCCUGCAAAACAACGAGCAAGUCCUCCAUCCUCACCUGCCUUCAUCUCCAUCCAGUCGGCUGCUAAAAAGACCGAUAAAUCAGAGUUGCAUCCACCAGAGACCACAAUCUGCCCGACAUGUCAGAACAGCCCAAAAACAAAGGAGAAAUUCCGGACAACUAAAACCCUGACAUGCAACAGUCCUGCUCAAAACAGAAAAAGGGAGCCCCAAAAAGGAGGUAAAAAGCAGUCCUCUUACAACCCCAAAAGAGAGCUCAGUGUACUUGAGGUAAAGACUGACCACAAGGGAAACAGUAUUAUGGGCACCAAAACAGUCACAGAGAACCUGUUUUAUUCUUCCGAAACCUCCACUGUUGUUACUGGUCAGCCGGAAGCUGCAACAUCCACAGGUCAGGCAGCGGUCAGUCCAGCUACGUACCAGAUCACCAAGCACCCAGAAGUUCAGCUGCCAGUCAAUCAGAAACUUUAAAUCAUUCACAGACAGGUGCAGUUUGUUACCACCUGUAUUCUCAUACAUUUUAUAACAAAGUUGUUAUGUACAUAAUUUAUUUGCGAAGAUAUGAAGUUUGUUAUGAUUGCCUGUUUGUUUAUUUCUUACACCUUAUUAUAGGUUGCAAAUGUUCUUAUUGAUAAUUUGAGGAUUUAUUUGUUGCUUGCAUUAUUUAAAACUGUUUUUAAUUUGCAAUUGAAAUUGAAGAUGCGUUAUUGGUUUUCAUUAUACUUUUGUUUGUUGCUAUUGAUGCUUAUUAUACUUUUUUCUUUAUUUUAACCCAGCUUGGUCUCAUUUCUCUCAUCAGUUUCAACCAGCUUGUCGAGACAUGUGUUCCGCCUGUUUGAAGACGGUUUAUCCGAUGGAAAAAAUUACUGCAGACAAAUACAUUUUUCAUCAA